CCCCGGUUCGAUUCCGGGGCUGCGCAUCGUUUUUGCUAUCCGAAUCAUAUCAAAAUGCUAGGACUUCGUUUUGGUUUUGAUCUCUUAAUGGUGCGAGGGCUUCCAAUCUCAUUGAUUGAAAUCAUGGGAUACGCCCAAUGAAGAUUGAGAGAUGCCACCGACGCUUUCCUGAGCCAUAUCUACAACAACUGCGAAACAUCCAAAUACUGGUGGCAAGAGCUAGAAUUUACCAAGCCCAUGAGCUUGAACUCAAUGUUGGCCCCAGCCGACAACUCAUUGGAGAACUUAACAAAAUUAAAUUGGUUCGUCACCACGAUCUUCAAGGUCUGCACCAGAAGGCGUGGCGAGUCGCAGGAUGUGGGCUUCUUAAGUCCGCUACAACCAUCUGAGUUGAAGCGACUACUACAGGAGACCUAUCCUAGGAAUCGAUGACGUAAUAUCCAAUACGUAAACAGAUACGUGCCAUGAGGACCGUCCAGGCCGUGACUAACGGAAGGGGACGGGCCGAGCUAAGACACUUGGUACAUAGCUGGGAGCUGUUUAAAG